AUGGCACCUUCGAACAUUCCCUUCAACUUCGAACCGCAUAUUCACCCCAUGAUAGCGAUGCUCGAGGGUGCGCCUCUCAUGCACAGUCUACCUUCGCCCCAAAAUCUGACAGGGCCGGCACUGCCUGCUUUCAUCAAGCCACUACCGGCUCGAUUUGGACAAGACGAUAUCACAUACUUGCAGAACAAAGGUGCACUCACAAUACCCCCCCUAGAGCUGCGGGAUGAGCUCCUGCGCAACUACGCUGAGUAUAUGCAUCCGUUGAUGCCAUUACUAGAUUUUCACAAACUGGUGCGAAUUGUCGAUCAGAAUGAUGGAGUACACACCGUCAGCCUGCUGCUGUUCCAGGCUGUCAUGUUCACCGGAGUUGCUACGGUCGCCAUGCGUCUCCUCGAAGCUGCGGGGUACAGAUCCCGACGUGAGGCAAGGCGUGUCUUUUACGAGAAAGCCCGACUUCUAUACGACCUUGACUACGAGGAUGAUUCAAUAGCAUUGAUCCAAGCGCUCUUGCUAAUGACCUAUUGGCGGGAGAGCCCGCACGGCCGCAAAGAAACCCAUUAUUGGAUUGAAAAUGCUGUUUCCCUUGCUCACAAGAUUGGGCUCCACCGCAACCCCGAGGAUUCUACAACAUUAGAGCCAUGGCAGCAGAAACUUCAUAAGAGGAUUUGGUGGUCGGCCGUCAUGCGUGACGCCCAAGUCUCACUAGGCACACGAAAAUCGACUCGCAUGACUCGCAUGAAGGAUGUCGUCUUUGACGUGCCAAUGUUACAAUUGGCGGACUUCGAGCUUGAUACACUGUCCGAUGGACCAUGCUGCGUCCCCGCCGACUGCAAAGUCUUGAGAGAUACGGAGCAGCAGCGACAAUUUGCGAUUAUAUGCAUCGAGAUGGCCAAGCUAUGUCUGUGCAUUGGUCAUAUUCUCUCGGUGCAAAAUGGGGUCACAAGUUCCAAGGCUUGUACAUGGACGUCUAAUAUGCUAUUCACCGAGUCAGUAGAGCCUGGCGGUGAUCAGAUACAAACCAGCGCCAGGGCCUUGCAGGAAUGGAAGAACAGACUCCCGGAAGCAGCACAGUUCGCUACGCCGACUGACCUCCAUAAUAUCGACUCGAUAAAUGGGCCGCUUUUUCUCCACCGCGCCUUCUUACACAUGCUCUACUAUGCCGUGCUGUCAUCAUUGCAUCGGCCACAAUUGGUACCUCCGCCUGGAAUGCUACCGGCUUUGUCGCGCUCCAAUCCCGUCGACUUGUCUCGCGACACUGUCCGACGAGCAGCGAAUAACAUCACCGAGAUAGCCAGCACGCUUUCCAAUUUAGACCUGGUACGCUAUCUCCCAUCACCGAGCAUCACGGUCAUCCUUCACGCUCUUGUCACGCAUCUGCUUGAUGUUUUGGCGCCGGACGAGUUCCUGCCCCGCAACAGCUUGCAAGAUUUCGGCAAGUGUAUGGAGGUCAUGGCUGGACUGCGCGACAUGUAUCCGGCAGCAGACUAUUCGACCGCAUUCCUCCAGGCCGCCAUACUGCGAACAGAAAUCGGCCCCCUGGCGCCCCAAACAGACGAAGACAGAGAGAAUUGCAGUAUGACCGGUACUGACUUGCGAAUGUAUCCCGCUGCCUCGCUCUCGGAGCCUCGCCAGGUAGCACCGCCACCUGGUGAUCAGAUUGUGAAUUCGACAACCCGACACAAUGAAGGAGCUUCGGGGUCUGGCGCGAUGGGAAGUGACGACAACGCCGAUCACCCGGCGGAUCCUUCUUUUGCGUCUGCGAUCCCUUCCUCGAAUCUGCAUUUCGAUCACCUCCAAGACGCCAUUCACAUGCCUGACUAUUCGCAAAAUUUGAUGUUCGACGUUGGGGACACCGCAAACAAUGUGUCAACCAUGGGCCUGUUAACUUCGGCCACCACGAACAUGAACGACCGUGGAAAUGAUUUCGAGCUCGAUUUUGAUAGCCUGGGAACCCUCCACGCUGCAGGAAAGAUAUUCAACGAUGGACAGGCUGAGUUCGAAACUACGCAGGGAAAAGAUGAUGCAUUCCUAUUCCAGACGGCCCCGUUGGCUGAGAUGGGUCCGGGGGGAUGA